AUGGCUGCGCCCUCGCGGCCCAGCACCUGGGCCGCCAUGCAGCGGCGCAUCGCGCGGAGAGCCGGGCAGGUCUCAUCCUUUCAAGAACGACCUCGACUCCUAGCCGCGGCGGAAGACCCUGAGGUCUGGGAGGAGGUCCUGCAAAGCUGGCCCGACGUGGCGCAGAAGCUGCGGCCGGCCUCGCGCUGCGAAGUGGAGUGUAGCGAUGUGCCCAGCCUGGAGGUGGUGGGUGGGAAAUUUGGGGGGCAACAGGGACCCCAAUAG